AUGACUGUUACAGAAGGUAUUUUGCAGCACUCGCUGCCACAGGCUGUUGGUGUUUAUGGAGGAAGGACUUACAAACUCUCCAAAAAGACAAACCCCCGGGCUCGCUACAUCAGAGGAGAAGAAUUUCCCCUCGUUUUACAAGCAGAGUUUCCAGUAGACCCAUCUGAGGACAAAUCAGUCUACAGUGACUUUGCAGCCUUUGCACAAGAGCUGGCGGAAAAGCACGAUUUCUUCAAGACACUUAUCAGAAAACAUGGGGCUUUGGUGAUCCAAGGUUUCGGCUCUGAUUGCCCAAAGAGAUUUGCAAAAUUCAUUGGCUCGGUUGCAAAGGGAUCCCAAUGGAUCCCUUAUGAACAAAAUGGAGUCGCUCAUCCGCGCAUAACAAUUGCUGAGAAUGUUACCACGGUGAACAAGUCAACCGGUCUCAGUAGACUGUAUGCCCAUCAGGAAUUUUCCAGAUUUAAAAGGUACCCGUCGGUUUUAACUUUUUUUGCAAAAGAACCUUCGGAAACUGGGGGGCAUGAAACAAUUACCCAUGCGACGGAGCUUUUCGACAAGUUGAUUGAGAAGUAUCCGGAAUUCAUUGAGCAAAUGAUCAAGAAGGGUGUUUAUCUUACGCAAACCUGGCCGUAUGAACAAAAACUUGCAAACGGAUCAGUUUAUUCGUGGAAGGCCACACAUUCCUUUGGAAGUUUGAUCGAAGAAGAUGACGAUCUUGAGAAACAGAAGGCAAAGGCAGGACUCAUCUGUAAAGAGUAUGUUGUUGACGAGUUUGAGUUUACGAAGGAUGAUGGUCUAAAGUUGCAUGAGCACACACAACCUGUGAGAAGAGACCCUUACUCUGGCAACCCAAUCCUUUUCAGUUCGUUACCAGGCUACUACGCCAAGUAUAAGCUAGACUUGGAGAAAAAUGGCAGUUCUGCGGAGCCUGCUAUCACGUAUGAUGACGGAUCAUUUAUUCCGUUGGAAUACUUGGACUAUCUGCUAGAACAGUCAAUUGAGUGCUGCUACGAACACCCAUUUCAAAAGGGAGAUAUCGUAUUCAUCAACAAUUAUACGUGCUACCAUGGAAGGACACCAUAUGGGACCCAAAACCGCGAGAUCUUGGCAAGCUUUUGGGACGAUGCACCAGAAUAUAAAGUUACCCCUAGUGAGUUAAAAUAUGGGGCGGAUCAUGUGUAA